GUGCAGACAAAUGAACGAAAGGACACAGAAAAUUCAAUUGAGGUCUGAGCUGAGGAUACAACGCGGUUGCACAGCCAUCAAUUGUGGCGGUAGGAAACUGGCGCCGAUACAACUGCUGUCGUUAACUUCGACCGCCAAAGCCGCCAACAGUGCGACCACCACCAGCACAUUCUCUUACGGCCUCGACGACGCUUUUACGCUUAAAUACCACCUCGGGCCAUCUAAUUCCUUCCUUUACUGACCAUCAUGGCCGAGGACAAGCGUCCGCCUUUGCCGUCAUUAUCCUCCCAGACCUCGGUUUCUUCAGUUGGUGACAAUUACCACGAGAUUCAAGACCCAUUUGCGGAUCGUCCACGACAGCUCAACUUCCAGGAACCCAGCCCACGGCCUUACGACAGUACACUUUCGUUACCCCAGGAAUUUGGGGGUUCAGGAACUAAUUACGAUGACGAGUCUGAGAGUGAGAAGAUACCUCUCACGUCCAACCAAGCUGGCGGCCUCUACCCACCUGCCCCUGUUGACCCCAGCGCAUACGGCGACCCUUACGUUCGUCCAGCGUCCAUCGUGUCAACAGCAUCAACAGGUGUUGAAUCUGCCUGGAGACGACGACAAACAAUCAAACGUGGCGUAACUCGCAAGGUCAAGCUCACCAAGGGUAACUUCAUCACCGAAUACGCUGUUCCUACACCCGUCUAUUCAGCCAUCGAGGAGAAAUGGAAGAGCACAAGGACCACAGAAUUCUCGCAUGUGCGUUACACGGCCGCCACAGUAGAUCCUGACGACUUCAGCGAGGCGAGCGGAUACUCUUUGCGAACCAAGAUAUACAACAGGCAAACGGAGCUUUUAAUCGCAGUGACAUCAUAUAACGAGGACAAGACGCUGUAUGCACGUACAUUGCAUGGUGUCAUGUUGAAUAUCCGUGACAUUUGCAAGACUAAACAAUCGAAAUACUGGCGUCGCACUGCUGAGGAAGGUGUACCAGGAUGGCAGAAGAUCACCGUUGCCCUCAUUAUUGACGGUCUGGAACCUAUGGAUAAAACCGUGCUGGAUAUUCUUGCCACUAUCGGCGUCUAUCAAGAUGGUGUCAUGAAAAAGCAGGUCGAUGGGAAAGACACCGUUGCUCACAUUUUUGAGUACACCACUCAAUUGUCGGUUGAUGCUACGCCCGCUCUUGUUCUCCCACAAGCCGAAGAUCCGAACAAUCUCGUUCCCGUUCAGUUCAUUCUGGUCAUCAAGGCCAAGAACCAGAAGAAGAUCAACUCUCAUCGUUGGCUGUUCAAUGCAAUCGGCAAAAUGCUCCAACCUGAGAUCUGUGUUCUGAUCGACGCUGGUACCAAGCCCGGUCGCAAGUCUAUCUACUAUCUGUGGGAGGCGUUUUACAAUGACCCUAACUUGGGCGGUUGUUGUGGUGAAAUCCACGCCAUGAUUAAGGGAGGCAAGAAGCUCUUGAAUCCCUUGGUGGCUGCUCAAAACUUCGAGUACAAGAUGUCGAACAUCCUAGACAAACCCCUUGAGAGUAGUUUUGGAUAUGUGUCCGUGCUGCCAGGUGCCUUCUCAGCCUACAGGUACCGAGCGAUUCUCGGAAGGCCUUUGGAACAGUACUUCCAUGGUGACCAUUCGCUGGCCGAUCGCCUUGGACCAAAAGGUAUCUACGGUAUGAACAUCUUUACGAAGAACAUGUUUUUGGCCGAGGAUCGUAUUCUCUGCUUCGAGCUGGUCGCGAAGGCAGGGGAUAGAUGGACGUUGACGUACGUCAAACCUAGUAAGGCUGAGACCGAUGUGCCCGAGUCCGCUGCUGAGUUGAUCGGUCAACGUCGUCGUUGGUUGAACGGUUCAUUUGCUGCUUCCGUUUAUGCUCUCGUUAACUUCUUCAGGCUCUACAAAUCUGGUCACGGUAUCAUUCGCAUGUUCUUCUUCCACAUUCAGGGCCUGUACAACGUUUUCUCACUGGUCUUCUCCUGGUUCGCUUUGGCCAAUAUCUGGUUGACUUUCAGCAUCGUCAUUGAUCUCCUGCCGAGUCAAAAGCUCAUCAUCUUCGGCACUGAGGCAGUCACUCACUGGGUGAAUCUGUCAUUCAAAUGGAUAUACUUGGCUUUCUUGGCUCUUCAAUUCGUCUUAGCUUUGGGUAAUCGACCAAAGGGAGAACGAGGGGCAUACGCUCUCACUCUGUGGGUGUAUGCCAUCUUGGCGUUAUACCUCCUCGUCUGCUCUUUCGCCUUGACUGUACAAGCAUUCAUGGCAAUCCCGGACAAAAUCAAAGCGGCCAAGACUAGUAGUGAAGUAAUCAAGGUCUUCUUGAGUUCAGACGUUGGUACUCUGAUAGCUGCGAUACUAUCCACGUACGGUAUCUAUAUCAUUUCGUCUCUCCUCUACCGGGAUCCCUGGCACAUGGUCUCCAGUUUCCUUCAGUACCUUCUUCUUGCUCCUAGUUUCACGAAUGUCCUCAACGUCUAUGCUUUCUGUAAUUUGCACGAUGUUUCGUGGGGUACUAAAGGAAGUGACAAGGCGGAAGCUUUGCCAUCCGUCUCCUCGAAGAAAGGCAAAGAUCCAGAAAAUGCUGUCGUUGAAGAUUCCGUGAGGAAUAAGGAGGAUCUCGAUGCUCACUUUAAGGAGACCGUCACACGUGCAGUGACUAAACUUCAAGUGAAAGAAGAAGUUGAGAAGCCUACCAUGGAUGAUGAGAACAGGACGUUCCGUACACGUCUUGUCUCUUUCUGGAUGUUGUCGAACGGGGCUUUGGCUAUAGCCAUUGCCACAUUGAAUGGUUUGCCAAGUGGAGACGAGACAAAAGAUCAGGAUGCUCUUCGUGCCAAACAAAGUAUCUACUUCUCCAUCAUUCUCUGGUCGACAUUUGGGCUGGCGGCGGUCCGAUUUACUGGAGUAAGUCCAUUCGUUGAAAUGAACUGGAAACUGUUUUCUGACAUCUUCAUAUAGUGCUUGUUCUACUUCUUCAGACGCAACCUCUUCCGCUGCUGCAGAAGGAAUUAGAUGGUUCUUUGGGGCUGGUUAUACCUCCUUUUUCUGAUACCUACUUUGAUUCGAUUCCUUCGUUAUGUCUGCCUCAGGAUGGACUUAUUCUCAUAUGGAUAUUCCUCAGGCACCGUGCAAUCAUUUCAGGUCGACUGCUAAUAAUACCUCCUCACUUAUGAUAUCUCUCUUUUUUUACAAUGAUUGGACCUAUUUUAUAGAACAUAGUUCACGCUGCAUUCGAAAAGGACUGUAUAUACUGUCUCUCGCAGGCACUGAUUCAGAUUGUGCGUCAGUGUCAAGGUUUCUAGAUUGUCCCUGUGAUUUAGGCCGCGACGCCUAGGUUCAAAAAUGCCGGAAGUCUUCCCCACGGAUGCCAUAUAUCCAGUGGUACUUCAGUGCAAACUAUAUAUACAUGUAGACUGUUGUUUCCUUUUUGUUCACAUCAUCCCCAACCAAACAUGACAAAAUUGCCCGUC